AUCAGUGCCCUGAGAGUGAUCAGUGUAGCCCCAUCAGUGCCACCUGUCAAUGCCCAUCAAUGCCACAUACCAAUGCCCAUUAUCAGUGCCAAAUAUGCAGUGCCAGUCAGUGCUGCCUAUCGGUGCCAGUCAAUGCUACCUAUCAGUGGCCAUCAAUCCAGCCUAUCAGUGUCAGUGUCACCUAUCAGUUGCCAUCAGUGCCUCCUAACAGUUCCAAUCAGUGCUGCCUAUCAGUGCCAGUCAGUGCCACCUAUCAGUGCCGCCUAUCAGUGCCAAUAUAUGAGUGCUGCCUUUAUGUGCCCACCAGUAAUGCCUGUCAAUGCCCAUCAGUGCAGCCUAUCAGUGCAGCCUAUCAGUGUCCAUCACUG